AUGGGCGCCGCAAACCUCCCCACCACCAUCCGAGCGGUCUACCAGAUCGAUCCCAAGCUCACAACGCUCAAGCUGACGGAAACCCCCUUGCCCAAACCCACCGGGGAGAACGAGCACCUCAUUAAGAUCAAGGCCACGGCGCCCUGUCUAGGCGAACUGGGCUGGGAGAUCAACUACCCAUCGCUUUUCCCUCCGGACCGGGAGCGCGUGCCCGGGACGGAGGCCGCCGGCGUCGUCGCCACCGCGCCGCCUUCGAGCCCCUUUCAGCCUGGCGAUGAGGUGUACUUUCGUCUGCAUGCUAGAUACCCCGGGUGUCUGCGCGAGUACACAAUUGCGCACACGGAGGAGCUGGCGCUGAAGCCCAAGACGCUGGACUGGGCCGAGGCUGCUGCGACGCCGCUCAGCACGUUGACUGCCUGGCAGGGGCUGUUCACCCAGGGAAUCCUCGACAAGCGCGGCAUCAGGGGCGAUGCCGAUGCCCGGGCUCACAACAGCAGGCUGCGCGUCCUCAUCACCGGCGCCGGCGGCAGCGUCGGGACGUGGGCAGUGCAGUUUGCGGCCGCUGCGGGUGCCGGUUCGGUCGUCGCCCAAGUCAGCGGCGCAAACAUCGAGGCCGCGAACAAGGCCGGCGCCACGGAGGUCAUUGACUACAAGAAGCGGUCCGUCGAGGAGUGGGCCAAGGAGGACCCUUCUCGCGAGGUGGACCUGGUGCUGGACUGCCUUGGCGGACCGACUCUGGGAUCGUGCUGGGCUGCGGUCAAGGACGGUGGUGUUUUGCUGAGUAUUGUCGGUUCGCCGGAGGAGGCGAAGCCGGAGGCCGUGAACAAGACGCUGGCGAAGGCGACUUGGUUCUUGAUGGACUGUAAGGGAGACGAUUUGAGGGAGAUUGCGGACUUUAUCGACGAAAGGGGGUUGAAGCCGCAGAUUGAUAGCGUGGUUGAGUUUGAGGACUUUCAGGCUGCGUAUGACAAGGUAGAGCAGGGGAAGGCCAAGGGCAAGGUUGUGAUUAAGGUUGAUCGGUUUUGUGGUGAUGCGUGA